AUGGCGAAAGUUUUCCACUUACCCACGACGAGCGAUGGUAGGAGGGAUAGGUGUCCUCUAAGUGAACAGCUCUACCUGCAGCCGUUGAGCUGGAACUCUCCGAAGAGCAAGACUCCUGGCAGAUGGGUGACGAUUCAUUCUUUGGUGACGAGAAAGCGCCAUUCUAUUGCGAAGCUGAGUUUUACAGCAGCAUCGAUUCUUCAUUAUGUUUAUGCAGCGAAUAUAAAUUCCUCUCGGUCCGCCACGAAGUUCAGCACGCCCUUAUCGUGGGUGUCAAUAUUUGUGUCCUUUAAAUAUCGAUGCUGUGACUUACAGCAAAGCGAUCGAUUCAUCACUGAUCGUAGCGACAUGGACUUCAACGAUGCAAAUUACAUGCUCGCUGGUGUUGAGGAGAAUGCGGUGGAAAAUGGUAAUGUUCAUUCGCCGUCCAAGGUGAGGUCGGAAGUGCUACUAUUUACUCUUUCAUCGCUACAACUUGAUUCAACUUGGAAAGGUCUGCAAAGUCCACCAGAAAUUCCUCCACAUCCUCUCUAUUCCCUCGAAAUACUUUCUGGAAAACUUGGCCAAAAUUCUUAUUCUGUGAUGAUGUACCGCAAUUUUGCGUUGAACACAGCGCCUGAUCAUGCCAAUCUCCGAGCUCAAUUUCGGCACAUUCCUCAAACAGCUGAAAGGACACUCGACGCUCCAAACCUUCUUGACGACAAUUACCUGAACCUGCCGGACUGGAGUGCUACUAAUGUACUCGCCAUUGCCCUUGCAAAUAUGGUGUACCUUUGGGAUGCUACCACAAGUUCCAUUGCGGAGCUCUUGACUGCUGAUGAAGAUGGACCUGUCACGACUUUAGAGGGAUUUCCGGACUCGCUUAGUAGAGCAUGCAUGUCGCAGGGGUUCAUGUCCAUGCAAUCAUCCGUAAUGCCUCUGGCUGAAGAAGCAGCAGAAGCAGCAGCAGUUAGGGCAGGGCAGGCCCAGGCUGGGUAG